AUGCCUUUAUGCAAACACGACACAUUUUGUGCUUUCACAAAUGAUCCCGAUCAUAAAAACCAAUAUCUCCACACAUGCAAAUACGGAGAACAGUGUCGUUCGCUACACAACGCAAAACACACCGAAUGGUUCAUUCAUCCAUGUCCCUUCCAAGAUAAAUGUUCACUUUCGAAUGAUGUCAAACAUAACUUGACUUUCACUCAUCCCGAAAAACCGACAUUUGUGGCACAACUUUUCAAACUUGUAUUUGAUCAUGACUCUGGAAACGGAACUUUAAAACUUCGAUGUCCUCAUUGGGGUCAAUGCUCUUUAACAAACAAGGUUGAACAUACCACUCAAUUUUAUCAUCCUUGUCGAUAUGGUGAUGAAUGUAGAAAGUACAACGAUGAAGCGCAUUGUGAAGAUUUUUUCCAUCCUUGUAAAUAUGGUUCCAAAUGUACCAAUCAAGAUCCAUACCAUCGUUUUAGUUGUUUACAUGAGGAUCGAAGUCCAGUUUGGAUGGAUUGUCACAACCCAACAAAACCUCACGUGGCGCAGAAACCCAAGAAUAAUGGUAAUUCCGUUUCGAAUUCCAAUUCGAAUUCCAAGUCGAAGACCCAUACAAGUACAUCCAACACAGCCUCUUCUGGAACAAGCCAUGGACAGUACCACUCAUUAGCAGUCAAUACCUCAGGAGAACAUGUUCAUCAUUCAGGAUCUUUAAACAUGGGACAUUCCAUCAGCAGUACUACUACUCGACAUCCGUAUCAUUCACAGUAUUCAAACACAUCGGUGCCUCAUAACCAGCAAACUUCUGUACAUGGUAUUACCUCUUCAUCGUAUUCCAAUGUAGCUGUUUCGAGCCCAUUCAACAAUUCCAUGUAUCCACCACUUUCGAGUAUGGGAGGUAGUGCCACUUCACCCAUCCCAUACCAUUCUCAGACACCCACUUUUCCAAACCAGCAACACUUUCCACAACAGCAACCACAUGAUACAUGUAAUCACCAACAAGGAGGUCAAAACAACAUGUACAUGUCCAACAACGCGAACUAUGGCAUGUUAACAUCCAAUGAUGGCAUUCCUCAACCUGUCAUUCCUCCGUUAAUUGUCAUGUCCUACAAUGUGUUGGCAGAUUGUUAUGUGAGUGCUGAACGAUAUUCACACAUUGCAAAUAUCAAUCAUUUGAAAUGGAGCAAUAGAAAGCAAAAAAUAUUUCAAGCUCUCAAAGAUCGUCCGUUCGACAUUAUUGGACUGCAAGAAGUUGAUCAAAGCCACAAAAACGACUUUGCAGAUUUUGCAACAAACAAUGGAUAUUCCAUUUUUAUUUCAGACAAGCUUCCAAGAAAAAAAGAUAGUGUGGCAAUCAUGUUCAAAAUUAAUCGAUUUGGACAAGCUAUAGGAUCAGGAGGUGAAAGAAUCAUUGAGGGAUAUCCAGAAGUUUUUCAAUAUGUUGUUUUGAGAGACCUUCUCUCCAAUUCCUAUUUGAUUGUAAUGAAUUGUCAUUUGACAUUUCAGCAAGACACGAUCACUCCAAGAGAAAAUCAAGUGAAACGAAUGGCUGAAGUUCUUCACUCUCUCCAUUCACAAGUAUCUCAACAGUAUGCUACGAAUCGAGUGUCCCUAAUUCUCGUAGGUGAUUUCAAUACUCAACCACAUGAAACUCCAGUGAAGUUUAUGGAAAGUUUGAACUUAAAAAGAGCACAUCAAGAUCGAACUGGAUUUUGGACCUUCUCCACCACGUAUACCAAAGUGUGUGAUUAUAUCAUGUAUUUCGGAAAUUUGAAAGUGACAAGUAGUGAUCCAGAGCCAAUUUUCCUUCCGAAAAGCACCAUUCCAAAUGAUGAAUUUGGUUCGGAUCAUAUCCCUAUUACUGCCACCUUUCAAAUGUUUAAUUGA